CCGCCGCUGGAGGUCUCGUUUCCCCGGAGCAUUCGCAGAUGACACCUGGAGGCAGGGGGGACGAAAAGACUGGAGAAGCCGGGAUCGCGGAACAGCCGGAUACCGCAUCGCAUCGGGAACAGAGAACAGCGGCCCAGAUGCGCUGAGGCAGAAACAGGCCACAUAUGUGACAGAGGCAGCAGCACAUGUAUGUAACACACACCAGCCAUUAGGGCCUGGAACUGCGCAUGUAGCCCUUGCCCAGCAGCAGGCACUGGUCACACACCGGCCCCGCAGCACAUACUUCCUCCUCCAUGGAUAUUCGGGAAGCAGGUGCCCUCAUGACUCACAUGACGCGGCAUGUCCUGCUGUGCUGCUUCUGUCUCCCUGCCUGCACCACACACAAGGCGGCAGUGACGCUGGGAGUGUCCGGGUAAAGACACCGCAUCAGAAGCUCCCUGCUAACCUGCUACCACCCGCUGUCAGCUGCCUAAACGAUGAGCCAGCACCGGAGAGAUGAGUAGCCCUCCCCCUACCGCACCGCACAUGGCCGGGGAGCCGGGGACUGACGCUGUGCUGGACAGCUGGCCGGAUAAAAGAUCCAGUGAGGACUGUUGGGGCCAUAAUCCGGAAGUGGAAAGAACAUAAUUUCACCAUAAACCAGCCACAACCAGGUGCUCCUUGGCAAGAUUUCUGACAGAGAAGUAAAAAUAAUUAUGAGAAGAGUUGUUCUAGAAUCAAGGACCACUUGUGGAGAGCUUCAGGAGAUCUGGAAUUACCAUGUACAAUUGUUUCAAUGAAAACAAUAAGUAAUGCACUCAACCGACAUGGGCUGUAUGCACGCUCACCACGCAAGACUCCAUAGCUGAAGAAAAAACAUGUUGAAGCCUGUUUAAAGUUUGUUGCACAACAUUUGGACAAGCCUGUGAAAUACUGGGAGAAUAUAGUCUGGUCAGAUGAGACAAAAAUUGAACUCUUUGGAUGCCAUAAUAUACUGUACACCAUGUUUGGAGGAGAAAUGGCACUACACAUUACCCCAAAGACACCAUACCAACAGUGAAGCUAGGAGGUGGAACAUCAUGGUGUGGGGCUGUUUUUCAGCAUACAGUACUGGCAUACUUCAUAUGAUUGAAGGAAGAAUGAAUGGAUAAAUGUACUGAGACAUUCUUGAUAAAAAUCUGCUGCCAUCUACCAGGAACCAGAAGAUGAAACAAGGGUGGACAUUUCAGCAAGACAAUGAUGCCAAACACACAGCCAAGGAUACUCUCCGUUGGUUUUAGAGAAAGAAAAUAAAGCUGCUAGAAUGGCCCAGCCAAUUACCUGGCUUGAAUCCAAUUGAAAAUCUAUGGAAAGAACUAAAGAUCAGAGUUUAUAGAAAAGGCCCGUGGAAACUUCAAGAUUUGAAGACUGUGUGGAAGAAUGGGCCAAAAUCACACCUGUGCAAUGCAUGCAUCUUGAAGCCUUCAUUUCAACUCUCUUCAUGUAUGUUUUUGCAAACUUACCGAAUACAGCUGAUAAAUGAACUUGAAUAUUACAUUGACUCGAUUCUUGAUAAUGCCAUUAAAAAGCAGUUGCUAUCAAAAGAUGAUUAUGAGGAUGUGGCAUAUGAAAGGGGGCCCAGAAAACAAGUCAGAAAAUUAUUAGAUCUUAUAGACUGUCUUGGAGAAGAAAAUGCAUCAAUCUUUUGUGAACUCUUUCUUAAUGUUAAAAAGUCGAAAAAGCAGAUGACGAAAGAAAAUGAUGUUUCAAAGACCAUACAGAAACACAAAGGAGUUCUUCUAAGGAGAAGUGAUUUCAUUAAGUUCUACAACUGCAGACAUGGGGAAAAAUUCUACUUCUCUGAUUAUUUUGUGAAUCUUCUUCUUGUCAAUGGACACUACAGCCUGGAAAUUAAGAAAAAUGAGCUGCUGACAUUUGGCCAACAACGUAUAUACCUUCAAGAAAAAAAAGAAGGAAAGAAUAAGCUAAAACUUAACCAGCUAUUUGAAAAGCUAAAUGGAAAGAGGACUCCUAAGAAGAUACUUGUAAGUGGUGUAGCAGGAAUUGGGAAAACUGUUUUUGUUCAAAAAAUCCUUUUUGAUUUUUCUAACACAACAGAGUAUCAAGACUUUGACUUUAUAUUAAAUUUUACUUUCAGCGAUCUGAACUUAAUUAAUAAACCAACAACUUUGCGGGAAAUCAUACGUAAAAAACAUGGGCACUUGUCACAGACUUUAGAUAGUGUUUUCAAAAACAGCAAUAAACUUCUUUUGAUCUUGGAUGGAUUUGACGAGUUUAAGUGUUACAGCCAACUGGACUGGGAGCAAUAUGUAUUUGAUCCGGAUGAAGAAGCAGAUCUGUCUCAAUUAAUUGGCAGUUUAAUCACAGGAGAACUUCUACCUGACGCCACCAUAUUGCUCACUAGCAGGCCAACAGUCAUUAACCACAUACCUGUUGACUGUAUUGAGCGCUUUGUUAUAAUUACUGGAUUCUCUGUUACUGAAAUAGAAGAUUACUUCCAAAAAUUUUUUGGAGAUAAAAAAGUGGGAAGUGAACGGUUUCUGAUGGUUAGGGAAAAUCAUUUUCUGUUUACAUUGUGCUACAUUCCAGCUUUUUGUUGGAUUGUCUGCAGUGUCCUAAAAGGAAGUGUUGCUCUUCACAUUGAGCAGCCCAAAACAAUGACUGAUAUUUACUGCCAUUAUCUUAUAGUCUUACUGAAAUAUCAUGCACAUCAAAUCUGCACUAAAGACGACGCAGCAUUAAAAGGGAUUCUGGGUUUGGGUCAAAUUGCAUACCAGUCCCUUUUAAAGCAUGAAACCUUGUUUUAUGAGAAAGACUUUGAAAUGUUUCACAAGCUCCCGAAAGACAUUGUAAAUAGCUUUCUUGAUAAGACCUGUGUGCAGGAGCUGGAAUGCACAGAAAAUAUCCUUUCGUUUACCCAUUUUACUAUCCAGGAAUUCUUUGCAGCCUUUUAUUAUGCUCACGUGGAGAACAUUUUGGAUGACCUCAUGGAUUUAGACCUACAGAAAAGGUUGGGCAUUGGCUCUGGAUAUUUGGAUUUAUUUUUAAGGUUUCUUUCUGGAUUGCUGUCGGUGAGAAACCAAGAUUUGUUCUUGAAACAUCUAAACCUUCAUGAAAGUAAGAAGUCUGAAAUGUACACAUUGUGGCUGAUUAAGUCCAUUGUUGAACACUGUGAAAGUGGAGGGUACAUAUUAAACCUACUACACUGUUUGUUUGAGCAGCAAAGGAGCAGCUUGGCCAGUAGCAUAACUCCAUCUGUGUUACGUCUUAAUCUGAGUGAUAAUGUGUUCUCGCCUAUUGACUUUGAUGUGCUGGCAUAUUUCCUAGACCAUGUUCAUAUGGAUAUUGCUGAACUUGACUUAACAGCUACCCAUAUAAAUGCACAUUAUUUGGAGAAGCUGCAACCAUACCUUCAUCGGUGUAAGCACUUAUGGCUUGGAGAAAAUAACCUGGAUAUAGAAGCAAUAAAAAUUCUCAGCAAUGUACUGAUGUCACCAGACUGCAAGAUGUGUUACUUGGGCCUUGGCUGGACACAAUUACAAGAUGAAGAAUUUUUAGAGCUUUAUAGAUGUCUCCCACACAAUAACUCUCUGACUGGAUUAUGGCUGGAAGGAAACAAUAUCAGCUACAGUGCUGUUGAACAGUUUUCAGACAUAUCUUCACUCAAUUCACAUUUAGAACAUGUAGUGCUGCUUGGGAAUAACCUGGAACCUGAUGAUAUCACAGCUCUGAAGGCCAAAUCAAGUAAAAGUAUAAUUGCUGCACACAUUGAUGAAAAUUUUGGACAGGAUUUUUGGCAAGGCUGGUGGCUCUGGAUAUUUCAACGAUGCAAAAUGUGCAAUGAUGAAAAAAUUGUCUCUUUUUUGACUAAAGUGUACAGAGGGCUCGGUCUUUGCAGCGGAAAAGAUAUUGAGUGGAUGAAAAACUGGUAUAAGGAAGUGGAUGACUUUUUGCAGGAGAGAAUAAAUCAGUGCUCCGUUAAGAACAUAACUAAGAGGAUGGAGGCACUCAGACAGAUGUUUCAGCAGCAGUCAACAAACCACUAAUUUGUAAAUGGUUUUUCCUUCAAUAUAAUAAUAUAUUCUAAGUAGAGUGUAAACUGGCACAUAAGAACUACAAGUAAGGAGACAUUCCUAGUGUGUAUUGUUACAACUACAUCCAGUAACAUAUUGAUAGAUGAAUAAUCAUGUUAACGCAUAGAUUUGUCCAGCAUUACAUUUUCCUCCUCUGUCCUUCCUUUCCAGUUUGUGGCUGGAAAACAUACAAAAACAGAAAACUAGUGCACACUGUGUGUGAAAUCAAUCAAUUUAUAAAGUGCAGAUACACUCACCUAGUAGAUAUGAUAUUCAUGCUCUGUGAUAUUACUGUACUGCUCCUCAAACAACGCAUUUCGCCAUGUGGGAAGAUGAAAUGUAAAUAGAGUACAUAACUAGAUAGCACUGUAUAGCCUAUACCAGUGUUUCCCAACCACGGCCCUCAAGGCACACCAACAGUCCUGGUUUUAGUGAUAUCCAGGCUUGAACACAGGUGACUUAAUUAGUACCUUAAUUAUUUUGAUUUAACCAUCUGUGCUGAAGACUGGAUAUCACUAAAACCUGCACUGUUGGUGUGCCUUGAGGACCGUGGUUGGGAAUGCCUGGCCUAUACCUCUAAUUAACAAGCUAGCUGCAAAAUAUAAGAGAUCAGAAUACUUAAAUGUAUGAGCAAAUCCCGUUUCUACACACAUUCAAUAAUAAUGAGUGGCAUGAAAUCCUUUCAAGAGACUGUACUAGAAGUUGGAAAGGUGCUGCUGUCUGUUAUCUGUCAGGUCUGGUAGGAAAGGCCAGCAAUAGUGAUAAGGGAGACUUUCUACACUGUCCCGCAAAAUAUGUGCUUAAGUCUGCAAUUGGCAAGAAAAUUGACUAUAUGAAGAUUAUAUCUGGAAUCUUGGGCUGAGCUACAGGAAUUAUUACAGUCCGCGUUCUGUUGAUACAUUACUAUUAUUAUUAUUAUCCUUUAUAUGGCGCCACAAGGGUUCUGCAGCGCCCAAUUACAGAGUAUAUAUGCACAUAAUUAAAACAGGAAAACAGUGACUUACUGUACAGUUGAAGACAAUAUAGGACAAGUACAGAGUAACUAAGCAUAACUACACCAGUAAACGACAUAGAGAUAAUUUCCAAGGUGGCCAAAAAACUGUGGGAUUUGGGCAGUUGAGGAUUAUUAAAGUAAGAAAAGGAUAAGCACAUGAGGGAAGAGGGCCCUACUCGUGAGAGCUUACAUUCUAAGAUUACACACUUUGCCAGUAGUGGUCAUCUUUGUCGUCAUCUAUCCACAUCGAUAUACCAGCAAUGAUACAGUUUUUACUGUAUUGUUUUCAGCAGAUCAAGCACCCCGCAGUAUUGGGUCAGUCGGUGACAGAUAGGACAACAAGUGAAUGUAGUUGGCAGAGAGAGCUAUACUGAUUUAGUUUGAUGGACUACAUGCUGUACAUUAUAUUAUAAAGUUACUGUAGAUACUGUAGUAUAUAUCUGCAGUGAAUUAAUAUAGGUACCGUAACAUGUAUCCAUGCCUAUAUGAUAAUGCUACGAACAUACAUGUAAGCCUAGCCUGGACAAAUGCACUCCAUGGGGGAGAUUCAAAUGUUUGAAAAUUCAGUUGGGAGUCUGUUUUUUCCUAUCUACAGAUGUAGCCACCUUUAUCUUGGCCGAUUCUCCGCCUAGACGGACGUUUAGUCACGCUAAGGCGAUAGCUUAGCUUGCUGAGUUUAAUCACAGGCAGGCACGUUGAGGCGAUUCUAGAUACUCAGCAUGCAUUUCACAUCUCCACCACUGGGUGGCUAAUGCUCCACUAAUCCAGUACUUUCGAUCGUAUAGCGGCGGAUUGAUCUACAGCUCUGGCAAAUGGCCAGUGACGACUGUAAUGUUAAUAGAUGGUGACCAAUGGUCAGACGGUGAGAGUUCUCAAUAUGAAUAAAUAGUUUAUACAGACAUAAACGAACAUGUUAAAACACUUGUGUAUGCAGACGCAAGAUUGUGUAUGGAGACGCAACUAAUUGUGUAAAGGGAAGUAUGUACAAUGCAUAAACACCAUGCUUUUGAAAUACAUGUACAGUAUGAGCGUCCGAGUUCCCUAAGGCAUAAUGGGGAGGGGUCGCUAUUUGCAGUACUUUUACACAUGAACUUGUAAAUCUCUCAUGAAAUGUCGUGGUCUAACAAUGAAGGCUACCACCUCCCACGCUGAGAGUCCCGGGUUCGAGUCCUAAAGUGCCAACUUUUUUUUUGUGUGUGUGUUCCCGUGACAGUCACUUUAAUAUUUUUUUUUUCAUGCUAAUACAUUCUAUACAUUCUGUGGAAAAUACGUGCUUUUGAAAUACAAGUAUGAGCGUCCGAGUGCCCUAUGUCAUAAACCCAACACCAAUGGGAAGGAAGUGCCAACCUUUUUUUUUAUGUGUUCCCGUGACAUUCACUUUAUUAUAAUUUUUUUUCUUUGUUAUACAUUCAAUGGAUGGGUGCACACAGAUUUCACAUAAAUCAGAGUAAAUCUGCAGGAGCGAUUCUUUACGCUAAGUGCAAAUGCACAGAGGUAAUGAGUAUAAAUUAGUGUAUUCCGCUGCAACUAACUGAGCAACACAGUACUGUAUAUAAAAGCUCCUCCCUAAGUUCCUGGAUGCCAAAU